GCAUUAUUUUUGAGACAGUAUUCCGGAGAACUUGUCAAACUACUUACCCGCGAACUCACUUGCUUCCGAAACACUCAUGGAAUACCAUCGGAAAUUUAUCCUUUCAGCUCUGCUGCUGUAUUUACAUUUUGUUGGAACAUUUUCAAUAUCGACUUUUACGAAUAUAUCCAGAGAAAUAAUCAAUAAUCCAACACUUGAACGAUGGAUGAAUUUGGAUCAAAGCCUGAAAGAAAAGAUGAAAUCUUUUCUAAAUGGAGCACUUCCGCAUCUUCUGCAUGCAAGCGAGGUGUUGAACUUGACAUCUAAAUGCAAAAAAGAAAGUUUGCAACUAAUUUCUGGGUUGAGAAAUCUUGAUACUUGGGCGAUAAGCUUUUUAGAUUCCACUGCUAAACCACAAAGUGGGUUCAUAUCUGGAGCCGUAUCAUCUUUUGGGGCCUAUAAGCAAUGUUUAGACACAGUCGCUACUGGAAAACCAUACAAAGGAAGCAGAAGAGUUCUCUUCCAAGGACAAUAUUGCUUAAUAGAUGUGAAACCUCCAUUACCUAACAAAACAAGAAUAAUCGGCUUGAAUGAUCAGUUGGAAGAGUUGACGAACUUCUCGGGAUCCGACUUUUUGAGCUAUGUGGCAAGGAUGGCUCACUAUUUUCAUCUAGUUCCUUCCAGACUUGGCGUGUGCAUUCCAUCUGGCUGCUCGAGAAGAGACAUGGACCAAUUAGCCCAAUUAACGGCCCAUCAUUUGCAUCUUUCAGCGAAGAUCUCAAACUGCGAAGUAAAUGAAAAAGUUCAGUUUACAGAAACAGUGAUUUUUGUUAUAUGCACGUGCAGUUUCCUAGUUUUGCUAGUGCUUCUGAGUUCAUUGGUGGAGAUAUUAUCCUACUAUUACAAAAUGAACCUCCGACACAAAGGUUUCCAGGUUCUGUUUGCCUUUUCUUUAAUAACCAAUUUUAAGAAACUAGUCAACGUGAAGACAUCGUCUGAAUCUCUACGCUGCCUACACGGAAUUCGAGCUCUCAGCAUGUUUUGGGUGGUUUUAGGACAUAUUUACAUAUUCCACAGUCGAUCUGUGUUUAUGUUCA